AUGGAUCCUGUUCAUCGAAGAGCUCCAACUCACCGUCAUCUUCGAUAAGACCCUCACCAUCGACGAGAAGCUCGUUCUCAUCUACACCAAGCUCGAAGCUUUCCUUGAGAUCCAUGUUGAGAUCCAAGAGCUCGUCUACUACACCUACAUUGAAGAAUGGAGCGGAUACGUCUUCGAUCUUGAAGCUGUUGUUCUCUUCCUCCAAUACCAGUACACCUCUACCAUCGUCGAACUGGACGCCUCCGGCUCCUGCAUCUUGUUCGAGGCUCUCCGCAACUGCACUGCCGUCGACGCUGAAUUUUCUGCCAGAAUCGAGGUUCUGAUUGAGGAAUUGACCGUCAUUCUUGAGUCCACCAGCUACACCUACAGCUACCAAUUGGUGUUGAUCUACGAGAAAAUCGAAGCCUUCUUUGCUGAAUACAGCGAAUACGAGGCUGCCAUCUUGGCCAUCAAAAUUGAAGGUUACGGAUCUUUCGCUUCCUUCUAUGAAGUCAUCGUCAACGUAAGUCACACAAUCACUUAUCAUCCAUUUUUUUAGUACUGGCGUGUGGCCAACUACGAGGUCGUGGUUGGAGGUUCCGCUUCCAGCUGUGCUCUGAUCGAGGUCCUCACUGAGUGCUACGAGAACACCUCCAGCGGAUCCAUCUCUCAACGCUCUCAGAUCAAGCAGUUGGUCGAGAAACUCACCGCCUACUUCGAAUCAGAAGUCUCCGUCGAACUCCGUAUCUCUUACUUCGUCGAACAGAGCUACCAAUUCCUGAUCCUCAACCAGUGGUCCUUGGAAUUGAUCUUCUCGCUUGAGAUCGACGGUUUCGGAUCCAUCUACGAGCUGAUCCUUGCCUUCUCUUUCGUAACGGCUAUCUAAGGGUAUUUCAUUCAUAUUUUUAGGAAAAAGACUGCGGCGGCUUUGACUUUGGCUCCCAAACGACCACUCCCGCCAUCGAGUCCACCACCGAGGCUGUUGAGAGCACCACCCACGCCACCGGCGACUGCUCUGUCGUCUUGGAUAUCAUCAAGUUCCAGAACAACAUCACCGAUCUCUCCUGGUCCAUCGACCAAGCUCAACUGAGCUGGAAUCAGACUGAGAUCACCAGAUUCUCCGCCUACGAAAAGAGGAUCUACACCGUCACCUCCAACACGACUGCCACUUCGGAGCAAAUCUUUGAGAAUGUCGUCAACGUCUUCAAUGUCUGGACUAAGGACCAAUUCUACUUGAGCCUGACCUAUGACAUCGUCAUCCAGAUCUAUCACGAGACCGCUGAGCAAUACACUUGGGGAACCGUCAAACAGUUCUGCGCCUGCGCCUAA